AUGACCGAAAUCAUUAAUAUGUCGGGAAAUCGUCGACUUGCAAAGAGAUCUAUUGUUGGAACUAAAGUCUGUGCUCUGUGGAAAGAUGGACGGUUUUAUCCCGGGGUAAUUACAGAUCACUCGGGCGAACCGAGCAUCGCCGAGGAGUCGAAGUACACUGUCGUUUUCGAUGACGGAUUUCAGAAAAGUGUAUAUGCAAGACACAUAAUUGGACUGGGGUUUCAGUCGAUCAAUUCAUUCCGCCUAAAACACGGACAGAAAGUUUUCUUGACGCUGCACGGCCGAGAGAUUACUGGAUUAGUCGUGCAGCACGAUACCGACACGGACUGUGUUGUUGUGAACGUCAAACUCCAGAAUGGCGAGGGGAUGGAUUUGGAGGUUCGGACGGAAGACAUUCGUCUGCUGGAAAGCCGAAAAUCUGCACGGCUGGUGGAUCAGGACACGGACUAUUCCAAACUUGCAGACAUCUCCGUCAGCGGCGAGCCCAAAAAACGGCCAGUAUCUCACGUCAUUGACGUACCCAACGGCAGAGCACUACGCUACCGGCGAUCGUCGUCAGAUCAGGAAGAGGAUGACGUCAAGUACGGUGACGUAGAAAUGAUGGAUGAGACAAUUGCGGCAAUGGUGCUGACCAGUCUAUCCUGUAGUCCAACGUCUCCACAAUUCCACAGUUCUCUGACAGACCAUGGCUCAAAGUUCAAAACCCUUUCUACCAGUGCUAACAGUAGCGGAUUUCACUCGGAGCGUAGUGACCCCUCCCCACCUUCACUCCACCUCAGCGAAAGCGCACCUGCCGGAUCGUCCGCCGGCUUCGUGGUGGGGUCCUAUAAUAAAGACUAUGGAAUCGAGAUGGAGGAUUUUGACGACGAAAACAUUGAUGUUGACACAGUUGAACCAAAGAGAAGGCGACAGACAAACAGACGACUGAGGUAUCAGUGUACGUUCCCUGGGUGUAACCAGGUAACAGACACCUGCGCCAGCAUUGAGAAGCACGUGCGAACAGCUCAUCUGGGAUGUAAUGAAUCUGACGACAGUCGCUCGGAUGGAGAGGAGGAGUUCUACUACACAGAGAUUGAGGUCAAUGUCGACAACGUCACACAAAAAUUUUCACAAAUGUGUACGUCAUCCCCUCCGGAAAUCACUAGUCCUUUGUCCCCCGCCAUUCCUGUACCAGACCACGAUUACCAGAAAAAGGACCAUGGCAUAAAAUUACAAGCAUCCUCAGUGCCAUCUAGCGGGCUUUUUCAUCAAGGUUUUACACCGGUGUCUUUCUCCAACCCUCCACAGAUGAAGAGAUCAAUGUCUUGGCAGAGUAGUGGACAUGUUUCAUCACCUCCGACACACUCGCUUUCGCCUCCAAUCCGAGUGACAAAACCGACGCCACAAGAACGCCUACAUCAGCAUCAGACACAGUCACCGAAGUCUCAUCUUUACUCUGUGUCGCCGAAAACGUCAGGGUUUCACAAGAAGCCUCGAAGUGAGGUUCGAAAAUGUCGGAAGGUCUACGGAAUGGAGAAUAGGGACCAGUGGUGUACCCAAUGCAAGUGGAAGAAAGCCUGCUCAAGAUUCGUCGAUUAAAUCAUCAGUCUGGACUGAUUACGUCACCUCAACGCGCCACACUGACGUCAUAUAACAAAUGAGGAAAAAUAUGACGUCAUGGACGCCAUCUUUUUUGUGAUUUUCUGCUGCUUGUCAGAUUCUAUGUUUACUACCUGACAACGUUACGUUUUUCCACUGCUGAUUCCAGAUACAUGUACGUGUUCGUGGCGUCUUUCUUAUUCCAGGGCGAAACACAUGACCAAUGAAUGAAGAGUAUUCACCAUAAGCAUACUGUGAACAGUUUCAUUUGUCAAUGAAGAGAUUCCAUAACUGUGUGACAAAUUAUGGAAAUUUACGUGCAAUCAUAUGUGUAUGAAUUUAUCUAUCAUCUUUUAUGUCCUGUUGAAAUCUCUCUCUUUAUCUAUUUCUCUCUCCAAAAUAAUCUACAAACUAAGUAUCUAUUUUUAUUGCUUUGUUAGUUUUACUUUUGACAAAUCAUUGGAGUGAGACAAGGAUGAUUUAUUCGUUUUUGACUGUUAUAUGCUUAUGUGAACAGAUAACACUUGACAUUGCUGGAGAUCACUGUAACAUUUUUGUCAUCAGACACCUGAGGUUGUAUUUUAUUUAUUGUGAUGAGUAUGCAGUGUUUUAUUUUACUGAAUAGUUUGAAAUAUAUAGUCGGGUUAUAAAGGAAAUAGUAUGUUUGUUCGUGUAUGGAAAUAAGUUUGUUCAUUUGUUUUGGAUGUUGGGAAUCAAUUAAGGAUUUGCAUGAAACUCUUACUAAAGACAUUUAUAGAUAAUUAUUAGGGGAAAUGUAAAUGUCAAAAAUACUUUUUUGAAAAAUUUUGUAAAGGGGCAAACAUUGUAAACCCCCCCCCCCCCUUUUGUACGGCUAACUCAUUAGUAAAUGGAAAGGUUAUCGAAUAUUAGCAAUGUUUCAAAUGGUUUUAAAUACUGAGAGAUUUUAAAAACAUUUUAGGGUUUUGAUUGUGUUUCUGACAUUUGAUUGAUCUCAUAUUUGAGGAGUCAGAAUUUUAUUAUAGCGAUAUUUAGCGUCAUGUAGUCAGAUUUCAAAAGCUGUUUUUAUUAACCACUUGUUUACAGGUGUUCUUUAUGUACUAUAUGAUGUGCGUAUACUAGUACCUACAUACCUUAUAUUUGUCGUCUUUCAUCGAUUAUCCCCGGUCCCCGUGUGGAAGUGCAUGUAAAUAUAUGAUAAUUAUGUAUCACAAUAAAAUAUUCCAUUCAAA